AUGGGCCAAACGAUAGAGGAAGAUUGGAAGGUUCUCAGUACCAUUGAGGAUGCAAGCUACGGCCGGACAUCGAGGGUGAAUAAGAGAAGUCAAGAAGAGCAGGAAACAGUCCAACAUUUUAAGCAAUAUACAACUCGUGAUGAAGAGGGGCGUUUUCUCGUCCGACUUCCCGUCAAGCAGAAAAUCAGUGAAAUAGGUGCAACUUUGCCUAUGGCUACCGCCCGGUUCCUGAAUGUUGAGAAAAGAUUGCAAAAUGAUGAGAACUUAAAGAAUGAGUACAUACGUUUUAUGAGUGAAUAUAUUGAAUUGGGGCAUAUGGUUGAAGUGUUGGAAGAUUCGAUUCAGACUCAGAACCACUUUUUUCUACCGCACCAUUCAGUAACAAAGGCGUCAAGUUUGACAACAAAGGUCCGAGUAGUUUUCGACGCUUCAGCUAAGAGCGCAUCUAGUGUUUCCCUUAAUGAUGUAUUGAGAUGCGGCCCAACUGUCCAGCAAGAUUUAUUUUCAAUACUAGUUCGCUUCCGCAAGCAUCAAUUUGUCUUAACUUCUGACAUAGAAAAAAUGUUUCGGCAAAUAAAGGUGGGAAGAGAAGACUGGGACCUACAAAGAAUUGUUUGGAGAUCCAGUCCUGAAGAACUACUCCGUUCAUAUCAACUUACUACAGUCACGUACGGAACGACCCCUGCCUCAUUCUUGUCCACCUAUUGUCUUAUAGCACUCGCAGAAAGUGUCUAG